AUGGAGCUAGACUAUUCAAGCAAUGAUGAAGAAGAUAUUUAAUUUGAUAACUAAAUUUCAAGACAGUAAGUAGGUUAACAAAUGAGAUUUGUUCAUGAAGACAAACUAAAGAACUUUUGCUUAGAUGAUAACAUAUUACUAUUGCUAAAAUUCUUAAAUGAAAAAUAUCCAGAUGUAGAAUGUAUGACUCUUUUUAAUCUCAUAAAUGAAUAAAUGAUGUUAGAAAGUGAAUCUACUAUAAGAUAAAUAUAACCAUUAUAUUAAGCAAGCCUACUAGAGUAUAAAAAUUAAAAAUUUAAAAAAGCAUAAAUAGAAAUCAGUAGAUUGUUUAGAGCGAUUAAUCCUUUGAACUUCCAAAAAAUAUGUGAUGAGGUAAGUGAAUCCUACAAUUCUAGUAAAGAAAUGAAUAACCUGGAGGUUGUUAUGAAUUUUGGAAACACAGGGGUUGGAAAGAGUACUUUCAUUCACUACUUAGCAGGAUCAAUAAUUAAUAAAACAAUCAAUAAAGAAGGGCUAAAUCACUGGGAACCCACUAAUCCUUUAUACAAAGCUUUAGAUCGCGUUAUUUCUAAACCAGAUGCCAAAUCAGAAACAAAAUUUGUCACUCUUGUUAAAAUCAAACCUUCAGACUAAGAAGGAAAUGAGUUUGGUGAUGAUGGAGAAAUUAACUUAUGUGAUACACCUGGUUUUUUGGAUUCAGAAGGAUUAGAAGCAGAGAUUUCAAAUCUAACUGGAAUUCAUAAAUGCAUUUCAGUUUGCAAGAGCAUAAAACCUAUUAUCCUACAAACGUAAUUAAAAAAAUGGUGA